UUGUUCCACAGUUGGGUAAAGACCCCCAGCAGGAAUAUUCAAAACUGUGACCGUGGUCUAAGUAUACAUAAGGCAAAGGAAGUAACAUGGGUGGGCUUUAGUUAGUAAAUUCAACACAUCCUUCAGCUCAACCUAAAGAGGGAGAAGUCAUUAUUGAAUCCGAAAAAAACGCUGUGUAUUAGCUUUUCUCAAAUAAGGAUAGAGCAUCGAUCACCACGCUUAAAAUGUGACAGCAUAAAAUAUCAAACCUUACGCAUAAAACAGGUCGUUUCUAAUUUCGACAUGUUGAACUGUUGAACAUUUGACGAAACAAGACACACCGUGAAAUCGAUUGUUACUAUCAAUAGCAGCGCUGGAAAUACGAACAACUAUGUCAAAGCAAUGCUAACUAUCCUGUCUAGUCACCAAGGACAAAAGUCGCCUGCCCGUCCCAAAACAUAAGCUUUGCAUACACUUUUACUAUCUGAAACACCAUACAGUAUUUAUUAAAAUUAUUCUCACUCCAUUUCUCACUCACACCGGUAACUUAUGUAUAACACGCUAACUCACUCGUCAAAUACAAUAUUACAUAAUUUUAUUUAUCCGAUAUCUACCAAUUUAUUCGUAUGACAAAAGGCUAGGUAACGAAACGCAAGCGUAAACCGGACCAUCCGUUCGGUGCGCGGGCGCAAACCCACCGAACAAGUUUCCGCUCUCAAGCCGCCAGUUAUGCGUAAGACGUCGCGGGGCGCGGACGUGUCGCCCGUAUAGAUAUUGCAAAAUAUCGCCGUGCGUUCGGAAACAGUGUUACACAAUUGUGCCCAACGUUUUUUUGGCGUGAAUUUUUUAGUUUUAAUUGAUAGCGCAGUGCCUCAAACUAAUGCUUGGAUAAAUGCGCGAGCCGAGGAACGCUGAUUUUGUAAAGGUGGCGGGAGCAUCAUCAAUGGCCUGACACCAUGUUCAGAACGGCGUCAGUCGAGGGCUCCGGGCCGAGGACGCCGCCGGCGUACGCGCCGCACCCCCCGUACGUCCCGCCCCGCUUCUUCCCCCCGCGGAUACGACCCCCACCCCCCCAGUACUGCUUCGACGCCGCCCGCUUCGCCUGCGACGCCUCCAAACCAAGAUACCUAGACGUAGAACGCGAAAGACUAGUCACAAGAUGGUUGGCGGAGGCCAACGAAGCCCUGGUCAGGAGAGACCGGCCUCCUCGCUACAAGCCGAGGAGCAGCGAGAGGAGACCGGACUUCAUGGAACGGAGACCGAAUGCUCCAGAAUGGGCGGACAACUUCCUUCUCGGAAGACGGAACGGGUCUGUCGAGCCGGAGGAAGACUGUAGUGAAGUGAUGACUUUAAAAGAGUUUGUGGAUAAGUUCUCGUUGCCUCGUGUGGUGAAGUUUGAGGGGGAGGAGAGGCCAGUGCUGUUGUACAGGGUGUUGGAGGCUCACAGGCGGGUGGAGGCAGUGCCUCUGUCGGGGAAGAAGGGCAAGCUUGUUGGGAAGCCGCUGUAUAUACCGGACUCCUAUGAUGGUUGGUUUUCAGCGUGCGGCUGCCGCGGGGGAGCGCUGGCGUCGGCGCGAGGUUCCAUCGCUUCGCUGCUGAGGGCGCGAGCUUUCGCCCUCGUGUCACCUCGUGCUAUCUCCGCGUACCGAGCGCGCCCGGCCUCCGAGAGCGGUCGUGUCGGCGCGCAGUACGAGCGCGCGGCGGCUCGGCCCGGCACGCCGCUGCGUCUCGCUGGCGUGUUCGCCGAUGGGAGCAAAGCGAAGGCGCCCAAAUACGCACAGCUCAUCGAUCCGCAGGGGAACGAGCUCUUCGUGCCUAUCAACACUAAAGGGGAACUGUACGAGGUAUGCCCGGAGGAGCUGUCGCCAGCGGAGUGGGAGCCGGCGGGGGAGGGGCGGGAGGGGGCCGUGGCUCCCGACGUAGCUGCGCGGGCGCACCGCCUGCCGCACUUGCUCAGCAUAUGGCGGCUGCCGGCCCGGGUGCGUCUGCUGGCGGGGACGGUGCCGAUCGAGAUGGCACAUGACGUUGGAGAUGACCUUCUACUGCGGGCGGCAGUGACAGAACCAGUUCUCGUGAUGUGCACCCUCCCAGAAUAUGGGUCGAUGCCGUCAAGCCCGAGCAAACAAGUUGACCCUCGCUACCACGCCAAGGAAGCACUCCAACUGCUUCCACUAAACAGCGCCAUCAAGGUCCGGCGCACGACGCUUGGCUUCGAGAACGAGAAGCGAAUGUUCCUCUCCGCACGCCUUCAAAAAGCUCUAACCUUCUGUCAACUCAAUGUUGACAACUGGAUCAGGCAGAUCUCCUACGCCAACUCAACUGUGGUCGGGAAAGCAAAGACCGCUGAAGACCUCAUCAAAGAAGACCACGAACCUGUGAAGUUUGAAAAAGAACGAAAAUUCACUUUACAAGGACUGAAAAUUGAUACUUCUAGGUUAUUUGGUAAAAGCGAAAAGGUGUUGAAGGAUAUUCCGGACGAGACCGAGGGUUCUAUCAUAUUCCUAAGUAAAAACGAACUCGAGCAUAUGAAUUACGAUGUAUACAGCGACGACGAAGGCAAGGACGAUAAAGCAGACGACAAGAAUGAACAAGAACAGUUUACUAACGAUAAGAUGCACGUCUUUAGGGAAGAUUCAGGGCAUAAGAAAAACAAAUGGUUUAAAAAUCUAAAACUCUUAAAGAGCACAGAAAAACUCACCGAAGAAAAAAUUACAGCUAUAGAAAAUACAGAGAAAUUAAGAGAUUUCAAAGAUCCUUUUGAUCCUUUAGCUGAGAAACAUAGCUCCAUAGAACGGUACCAAGAUAUGGCGAAAUUAAUUGAAGAUAGAUUUGGUUGUACGAGAAAGAAUGAUGGUACUGCGGAGAAGAGUCACUCCUACAAAAGUCUAACAACAUCUUCAUCUGAUAUGGGAACCAGUCAGUGCAGUUCCAAUCAUAAAAAGCCAGUGUUAACAAAAUCAGUCUCCGUGCAAACUGGAAUGCCAGACAAUUCAUACACGGAAGACGAUAACGGUAUCACUAUGAAACAUGGGCGCAAAAACCUCAGCGUGGAUCAAAUCAAUUACUGCGGGUCAAUGGAAAGUGACGCAAGCUCUGGAAGAAAACUUAAAAGCCUGGACGAAAAUAUGCUCAAGAAAUCUUCAGCUACUAAAUCAUCUACCAAUCUGGAAAGAAGGCAAAGGAUACAGCCUGAUUUGAUACCAGAAAAGGCCAUGGUUAAGUCCGAAUCUUACAAUCAAAUACAGAGCUGUGAAGAAAUUAAUAUGUUUGGCGUCGGGUCUCUGUACAACGACAGCGACUUCGAAAUCAAUUACAAACAACACUCGUUUAUUACUGAAAAGCUUUGUUCUGAAUUCCACGUAAAGACGAAAAGGGUUCUCAGUAAAUCUACGUCUAAUCUUCUCCAUCCAAAGAAGAUAACUGAUAAAAAAGAAGGAAGCAACAGUAACAGCAUGCCAACUAAAACAGAACGGUCGGCAGAUAACGAUAAAAUCGUCAACUUUAGGAAAAAGAUCGAUAAACCCAGAGCUCCUACUCCAAAAUCUGAAAUAGAAGAUGAUAUCACAGCGAUAGACAUUUCUGAAGAGGAACCUCAGAGACAAAUCAAAAUCCGAAGAUCAAUAUCGUCUAUACAGAAACGAAAGCUACCAGUUAUAGAAGAUCUGCCUUACGGACAAGUAGCAGAUGCUGUUCACGUUGAAGAAGAAAAAGUCGAGUCUGAUGCCAGCUCUGACAAUAUAUACGCUGAGAUCUGUACGCCAAAUGGUAACAAAACCAGCGACGAAGAAAACUAUGACAAUAACAUCGAUGUACUCGCCACCGACCCAGUUAUCUGCAACGUCAAGAAAGAAGUUAUAAUUAGAAACGAUGAAAGAGCUAGACAAAUGAUAGAAAAUCAAGAGAACCCUUUCAGGCAUAUAGAAGUUGUUGUCAUAGAAAAAACAACGGACUUUGAUUUGGACAACUCAAGUGUUACUUCAAGCGAGAUUGAUGAUUUAGGCAGCAAAAACGACGUCUCCAUAAUAGAUUCUUGGGAACGAGACAAAAACAAUUCAGAUAACAAAAUGCAUGCAAUCAGACUGGAAAUAACUAGUAACAAUGACGAUUAUCCAAAUGAAAAUGAUAAUAUAGAAAAAACUGAAAUAUGUUUAAGUAAAGAUAAUUCUUUAAGUUUUAGCAACAGCAUACAUUUGAAUGGUACAUAUCCCAACGAAGCCAUCUACGAUACUUUAAAAUAGUUUAAGCUUAGUGUAGGUACAUUGGAGGCCACAAAUAUUGUCUAGUAGUCAUGUAAUCGUUGUACCAAUAUAUAGCAAACGAUUCUCGCACAGAUGUCUCUGAUGUGAUUGUUUAGUUAAGCUUUUCAAUGUAUAAAUGCUUUAUUAUAACCGUUUUUAAGUCAUGUUUUAAAGCAAUAAAUGAGUGAUUACAACCAGUAA